AUGACAGACGAGUCCAUUAUCAAGCUUUCAGUGGAAGAGUGGGACCACGAUCAAAGAAUUGCUGUUGCUCGCGUCGCAGCUCAAUCACUCACACAAGUAGCUCCUCUAUUAGGUGAACCUUGGUCCAGUCAUUGGUGGAACGAUGUUAUCAAAUACCUUCAAGUAACUCAACAAGAGCUGGAAGGCCGUUAUAUGACAUAUAAGCAAGCUGUAGAGCUGUUGACUGGCGAAAAAAGAGACAUCCGCAUUGAAGUCAUGGUCGAUUUAUUGGCUUUAGCUUUACACGUUACGCCUAAUGCGAUGAAGGAAGACGCCAGAAAGAGCAAAGCCAAGCAUAUCAUGCUGUACGAUGCUCGAUCGAGACGUUUUUUACUGGAGCUGGAGCACGCAUUGAAUCUGUAUAUAGGCGAUUUGGUAUCCGUUGAGAAGAGUGUAGCACAACAAAUGUAUUAUGGAUUGCUGGAACAGCAGGAGAAACAACAGGAAGAUGGAGGCUCGAGUAUGCAGCAGAAUAUGGACUUGUCAGCACGAAAAGCCAUAGAAGGCGCCAACAGGAAGAAGCAAGCAUUUCGAUGGAUUGCCACAGGUGCUGGUAUUAUAGGCGGCGGCGCUGUCAUUGCUUUGACAGGUGGUCUUGCAGCACCAUUAUUGGCUCCACUCCUGGUGGGUGUUACAGGCGCUACCUUCUUUGCUACAGCAGGUGGUGUCGCUCUGGUGACAAGCUUGUUUGGCCUGACAGGUGGUGGUCUAGCAGGAUGGAAGAUGCAUAAACGCAUGAAGGGCAUAGAGGAGUUUGAGUUUAAGCAGAUACUGAACGAUCCGGAUUUACCGCCUGUACCUGCUCUUCGUUGCACAGUGUGUAUAUCAGGGUUUUUGUUGGAAUCAAAGCAAGAAACAAGAUCACCUUGGGAGCAUGCUUUUGAAGGAAGAAGGAAUCAUACAGAUAUAUUCUGCUUGGAGUAUGAAACAGAUACUUUGCUACAGCUUGGCUAUUCAUUUAGGCAAUUUGUAAAAGACACGGCUGUGAAUUAUGCUGGGAUGGAGAUUGCCAAGGCGACUGUGCUUCAUGCGUUCUUUGCUGCUGUUGCUUUGCCCGCUACGAUUUUGAAAAUUGCGGAUGUCAUUGACAAUCCAUGGCAGAUGGCAGUAGACAGAUCAAAGAAAGCAGGUGUUGUGCUGGCAGAUGUGUUGGAAGAAAGAGUACAGGGAAACAGACCAUGCAACUUGGUGGCAUAUAGCUGUGGAUGCUUGGUUAUUUGGAGUUGCUUACAAGAGCUUAAUGAAAGAGGAAGGCAUGGACUUGUUGAUAAUGUAGUGUUGAUGGGUGCUCCAAUUUCUACAGAGGAAACCUGGGAAUGGAAGAACGCUGCCAAUGUUGUCUCUGGUCGCUUUGUCAAUUGCUAUACACCCAACGACUGGGUAUUGGCAUUUGUGUAUAGAUUACAUUCAUUAGCUACCAACGUUGCAGGCUUAGAGGCAGUGUCUGGAUUGGGCAACCGAAUUGAAAACAUUCAGGUAGACAUUGACGGCCAUACAAAAUACCCUUAUGCCAUGAAAGAUAUCAUGAACCAAAUCAGACUUGAAUAA